AUGAACACAUCAGACCAGACGAAUCGGUCGUCGUUACCUCGGUCGUCAAAUUCUGAUUCUCCUUUAUCUGUGUCCAAUAUGAGCAUGAGCAUUGCCGCUUCGUCUGUCCAGCCUCAAUGGCAAAUGUCUGCCAAUGAUACUCCUGUGUUGCCUCAUGAGCGGUCCAAUAUUCGACUUCCUUCGAUUAAUGAGCUCAUGGCCUCAUUUUCAAACGAACCACAACAGUCAGUUCCUAGAGCAAACUCUUCUAGUUAUUAUUCUCCUGCUGUUAAUGUGAAACCAGAGCCUCAUUCACCUCCGUUUUACACCCAAUCAUCACAGCAGCAACAACAACACCCACCUGCUCAUUCGCAUAUCCCUCUUCAAUCACACCUGUCGCAACCAGAACCACGUUCUGAACAUGCUUCUCUUCCCCAUCCAUCGCAUCCAUACCAACCAUCUCAGCAACCGCAACAACAACAACCUCCUCAAUUGCAACAACCACAUCCCCAUCAGCAACAACAGCAUGGCCAACAACUUCCGCAUGGUCAACAACAGUUGCAACCUCUUCAACAAUCGCAUACCCAGUACCAACAAGGACCCGUGUCCCCAUCUUUAGCAUCCUCCUCCUCUUCCAACAUGGACUCUGCUCCUGCCUAUUCUACCACCUCAUCUGGCCAACCAGGUUCUGAUGGUCAUUCCAACACCUCGAUUCAAAUGUUGUUAGAUGCCUCGUCAUCAGCCGACUCGAGCCAGAAGAAGCGAUCUCACUCUGUGUCUUCUGCUUCCUCUGUCAGCUCUAACUCAAAUAGAAUGCCUCCUACCAGUGGUGGUGCUAUGAACAACAAUAGCACCCCUGGAAACACAUCCAACGGGUCUGCCUCGUCAUCGUCACCACCAUUCUCCAUUUCUCCACCGCCAUUCUCUGCAUCGCCAUACUCACCUCCACUCAAGAGAAGAGGCAAUCUUCCAAGAGCAGUGACUGACAUUCUUCGUAACUGGCUGUCAUCACACCUGCACUAUCCAUACCCCACUGAGCAAGAGAAGAUCGAGCUCAUGAAACAGACCGGAUUGUCUUUGAACCAAGUAUCUAAUUGGUUCAUCAACGCUCGUAGACGAAGAGUUCCUGCUAUUUACAAGCAUUCAGGACUCAUGAACAUGACUGAACGACCUCGCCGAACUGUCAGCGAGUUCAACAUGCGUCACUCACCCCAACAACAGCCCAUGAUGAACCAUCAGCGAUCGGUUUCGCAAAUCCACCACCCUCAACAACCACCACAACCACAACCACAACAACAGCCACCACCACCACCCAUGUCACAACCCACUCCUCCACCACCUCCACCAUCCAUGACAAAUCCCCUGCAACAACAGGCGCCAACUCCAGCGGCCCCUCCCCCCAACCACAUGCACUACUCGUCCCAACCGCAUAUUCCACCACAAUGGAAGCCGUAA